UCAACACGCGGGUUCGUUGUUGAAAUUUUGAGUAAAAAGUGUGGAAACAUAUUCAUUGGAUGGAAGUGGUGGGGAAUGGUGUACAAUGAAAAAUAAAGUGAUAUUACCAUUAGUCGUUAGCCUUAUAUCCCAGGUUUUCGGCUACUACGAGAAUCAGCCCAAGCUUCUCUCCAACGAUGGACACCUCAUAAUCGAAUCAGCGGUCGACAGAAAUAUCACCGUGAUGUUGAAGGGCAACAGUUUCUUCAACGUUGGUGAUGUUAGUCUAGGGAAACUGAUUCAAGGGCUUGCGAACGUAUCGUCGUCUACGGCGGCACCACCUGAUUCGAGUCAGGCAUCAGAUGGUUCGAAUCAACUUAUGUUUUUGAUGAAUGUCGUGAGUGGUCCUUACGGUUUGCAGAAACGCGUCGCUGCGCUAGAAAAUGGAACGAACGGUGAAUCGAAUGAAGGUAGAGGUCGGGGUAGGAUCAAUAACAUUAAUCGUCGAUUGACAGCGCUAGAGCGGAAAGUUGGAAAUUUAAUGAAUAAAUUAAAGGAGAACAACUGUAAGACAAGUCCAUGCCAGAACGGGGGCACUUGUAUCAGCUUGUUUGAUUCGUUCGUUUGUCUAUGUCCGAAGAAUUGGGAAGGACAAACUUGUGCUACUGAUGUCAACGAGUGUUCAGAGUUUGCUGGUACCGAUUUGGGUUGCAUGAAUGGCGCCACGUGCAAAAAUACACCGGGAGGAUAUAGCUGCAUAUGCGCUGGAGGAUGGCAGGGAAUUCAUUGUAACAGCAAGACAAAGGAUUGUAUGACAUCUGGCAGUGAAUUGUGUGGCCAUGGGACGUGCGUGCAAACCAAGGAGGAACCAGGAUAUAAAUGCAUAUGUGAUCAAGGAUGGAAGAGCAACGGCGUUACACCAGCAUGCUCGGUUGACGUAGAUGAAUGUACAGAAUCUAAGCCUCAUUGUUCGAAAGAUCCGGAGGUCAGUUGUAUAAAUCUGCCAGGGUCUUUCGUGUGUGGCAGCUGUCCAGCAGGAUAUACAGGAAAUGGCUUCUACUGCGUGGAUAUUGAUGAGUGUCAAACAAAUAAUGGCGGAUGCAGUACCUCGCCGUCGGUACCAUGCAUGAACUCGAGGGGUUCUUAUACAUGCGGCAACUGUCCUUUAGGUUACACGGGUGAUGGAAAGACAUGCGUAUUGAGAGGGAGCCGUUGCACCCCGGGUCUUUGUCAUCCACUUGCUCGGUGUAUGGAUUAUGCAGGUGGAGUUGUGUCGUGCAUUUGCCCUCCUGGCUACCAAGGGUCUGGUUAUGGAUCAACAGGAUGCGUGAGAAUGCCCAUGAACCCAUGCACGUUCAACCCAUGUAAGAACGGCGGCACGUGUACAGCUAACGGCAACAAUUACACCUGCACAUGUCCACCAGGUACGGCUUUGCCCAACUGUGUCAGACUCAUAUCACCGUGCGCUGCAAAUCCCUGCUUCAAUGAUGGAACCUGCACUCCAUUCAUCGGCCGUUACGUCUGCACUUGUUCGCCCGGAUACACGGGCAUGCGCUGUCAGAGUGUACUGCGGGCUUGUGGAGGCGUUCUGGAAUCUGAUUCUGGAAACUUGAGCUAUCCGGUGGACAAUGGCACGUACAAUCAUAAUGCGCGGUGCGCGUGGUUGAUUAAGACCAAUCACACCAAAAUUUUGAACAUCACUUUCACGAAGUUCAAUUUGGAGAAUCCAAUGCAAAAUAAGGAAUGCAAAUACGAUUGGCUGCAGAUCCAUGAUGGCAAAACUUCCGCUUCGCACAACAUUGGUAGAUUCUGCGGCAGCGCAUUACCGAAGGGAGGCAGCAUCACAUCUACCCACAAUUUUAUGUAUCUUUGGUUCCGAUCUGACAACAGCACCGCCCUUGAUGGAUUUGAAUUGCAUUGGAACAGUAUAGACCCGAUUUGUGGAGGAGAGAUAGCAGUUCAAAGUCAUGGAGCAAUAGCAUCCCCAGGAUCACCAGGAAAAUAUCCUCCAAAUCGAGACUGCAAGUGGUAUUUGAGCGCUCCCGCAGGAAAACGGUUACAGUUUCACUUUUUCACGAUGCAGCUGGAGGCGCACGAUUCAUGCGAGUAUGACUUCGUUCAAAUCAGUGACGGUUUACAGGAAGAGGCAUCAGUGCUGAAAAAGUAUUGCAAUACAUCGCACCCGGAGCCAUUGGUGACCCCGGGAAAUGAAGCAACCGUGUACUUCCACUCAGACGAAGAUGGUACUGAUGCCGGAUUCCAGAUUAGCUAUUCCGUUAUCGAAGGCAUUCCGGGAUGCGGAGGUAUUUUCACUAAAAACGAAGGAGAGAUCGGUUCUCCGAGGCGUUACGAAGAUAACAAGUAUCCAAACAAUUUGAUGUGUGAAUAUUUAAUCAACCUACCACAGGGAAGUCGGAUCGAGGUUCGGUUCAACAGAUUCCAGCUGGAAAGCAGCGAAACAUGUAAAUUCGAUUAUGUGGAAAUGUUCGAUGGAAGAUCGGUGGAUGAUCCGUCUCUUGGAAAGUACUGCGGAGAACGAUCACCAGCACCAUUCCGCACUAACUCUAACAACUUGUUGAUAAGGUUCCAAUCAGAUUGGUCACAUUCCCAUGGUGGUUUCUCUCUUACCUAUAAACUGCUAUGUGGAGGAGUAUACACAGAUCCAAGUGUUGAGAUCACAAGCCCAGGAUAUCCGAAAACAUACGGCUUGAAUCAAAGAUGUGACUAUGUAAUACAAGCUCCGUUGGGAAAAGCAGUCUUGUUGGAUUUUCAGGACUUUGAUGUCGAAGGAAAUUCUUACCCCAAUUGUGAUUUGGACUUUGUUGAUAUAUAUGAUAGCAUUGAGGCUAGUAACAGUUCAUUUAUAGGACGCUACUGCAGUGCGAAGAUUCCUCCGAGAGCAAUUUCGUCUUUGAACGUGAUGCUGAUGCGAUUUAUAUCCGAUGCCUCAAUUGGAGGCAAGGGAUUUAAAGCAAAUUUUACUUUUGUAAACGUGACUUGCGGAGGUGUAAUCAUGUCGGAGGACAUCACGAUAAGACCUCCAUCGUUAGGAGAUCAGGAAAGCUACAUACCGGAUGCUGACUGCCGGUGGGUCAUUGUUGCUCCUAAAACUCAUGCAAUCCAGUUGACAUGGAAUAGUUUUGAAUUGGAGAAGAGUAGUAAUUGUGUGUACGACUUUGUGGAGGUUUACGAUAACUCUUCAGUCUCAAAGCCGCUGGUGGGAAGAUAUUGUGGAACGUCGAAGCCGCCAGCGCUCACCAGCUCUGGAAACAUAGUUAUGAUUCGUUUUAAAAGCGAUAGCUCUAGCUCUAAAGAUGGAUUCAGUUUAUCGUUCUUAUUCCGAGAUGUAUCAAAGUUAUGUGACGGCAAUUUCUUUACAUCAACCGGAGUUAUUAAAUCACCCAACUAUCCCUCAGAUUACCCUUCGAACAAAAACUGUGAAUGGGUAAUUACGGUUCCUAUGGGGCAGCAGAUUGAGCUCAACGUGAAAAACUUCACUAUGGAAAAACAUAGCGCGUGCCGAUUUGACGGUUUGGAAAUUCGAAAUGGAGGAACGCCUAGUUCACCGUUGAUAGGAAAGUUCUGUGGCUCUGAUGACUUCAACGGGACAAUUUCUUUCAGUAACAAGAUGUACUUGAAAUUCUACUCAGAUGCAUCACGGAACUACGGAGGUUUCUACAUUGAGUGGGAUGGUACUGCGACGGGUUGUGGUGGUGUGCUUACCUCGCCUAGGGGUUCAAUCAUUUCGCCAAACUACCCCGAAUCGUAUGGCAACAAUGCCCAAUGUGGCUGGCGCAUCACUGUUAGCGCUGGAUCGGCAAUACACAUAGUUUUUAUAGACAUCGACAUGGAAAGUGUCGCUAACUGUCGUUACGAUCAUCUGGAGGUUUUCGACGGUCGUGACGUAGCUGGUAAAAGUUUGGGCAAGUUCUGUGCCGUCGACACUGAUCCGAUUCAACUGGAUACCGAGGACAACCAUGCUUUUAUUAAAAUGCGAAGCGACGACACUAAUCAAGGCCGAGGGUUCCAUCUUAAAUACAAUAUUUUGUGUAAACGAAACGUUACUGGAUUUAAUGGCGUUAUUGAAUCUCCCAAUUUCCCCGAUAGAUAUCCCGGUGGGACGGAAUGCUUAUGGACUAUUUCAGUGCCAAUCGGGAACAAGAUCGAUAUAGAGUUUUCUCAUUUUGAAUUAGAAAAUGGCAUGAUAUUUAAUAGUGAUCAGACUCAUGUUUGCCAUUUCGAUUAUGUCGAAAUCAGUGAGCCAGAUGAUGAGCAAAAUGUGCCGAAAAAGUAUUGCAAUGAUAUGCCCGCCAAAAUGACAUCAAAAGGAUCGACUGUACAAAUCGGAUUCAAGUCGGACUCGAGCGGAGAGAAUAUCGGCUUCAGACUUGAAUGGCAGAUCAAUGGAUGUGGAGGUGUGCUGACGAGACCGACCGGCUCGUUCGCCACACCAAAUUAUCCUAACGAGUAUCCUACCAACACGCAAUGUCUCUGGACCAUCGUGGUACCACCAGGAAGCGCGAUAGAAGUGACAGUAUCCAACUUCAAUAUGGAAUCAUCUAGCAACUGUCGAUUUGAUGGACUAACAAUAUCGAAUUCCGAAGAUUUCACACAAAUAAUAAGUACAUUCUGCCACACGCAAAAAGAACCGGUCAAGUUGACAAGCGCGAGCCACAAACUGUAUGUCAAAUUUUUCAGUGAUCAGACUUAUACAUAUAAAGGAUUCACAGCAUAUUACCGAACCAUUCCGGCAAAAUGCGGUGGACUCUUAACCGCCCAUCAAGGCUACUUGUAUUCGCCUAACUAUCCGAAGAACUAUCCAGCAAACCAGUCGUGCGAGUGGGUGAUACAAACCGAUUUUGCGUACACGUUGCAGUUUAAUUUGGAAGACAUUGGCAUUGUUAAGAGUCCAAACUGCUCACAGGACGUUCUACAGGUCUACGACGGCUUGGUACGAGAUAAAAGGAAGCUACUUAUGUCAGUUUGCGAUAGUGAGACAAACGUGACUUCCGUAGAGUCGCGUAGCAAUCAACUGUUAGUGACUUUCACCUCAGAUGUAGCGUUCGAAGCGAAGGGCUUCAGGGCAAACUAUUCGAUUAACUGUGGAGGCCGCAUCAACGUGACACGGACUGGGAUGAUAUCGCUGGAGAACACCUACAAAAUCAAAUCGGAAAACUGCACAUGGAUCCUCGUUGCCGAACAGCCAACGCAACACGUGACUCUUCAGGUGAUGCACAUGAACAUUGUGGAGGUGGAAGGAGCUUGUUUGGCGAGCUUGACGGUGCACGACGGAGACGGAAUUGACGCACCGGUAAGGUACAACGGAUGUGGGAGCAAAAAUCCAUCGGCGAUCGUUAGCUACGGUAGCUCACUGACGGUGCACAUUACGUCGGAGGACUACAAUUUGUUCAAUUUACUGGGCAUGCAGUUCGUUGCGAGUUAUUCCGUGUUGGAUAAUGCAUGCGGAGGCGAGUUGACUUCCUUUUCCGGUGAAUUUGCAUCGCCCAACUAUCCGAACUCAUACCCAAUGAACAUCGAGUGCAUCUGGACGGUGAAGGCAUCGCCAGGAAAUACCGUUCAGCUGUAUUUCCAGUCUUUGGAUAUGCUGCAAUCGGAAAAUUGCAACAUCGAUUACCUGGAAAUAAGGGAAACUUCCGGCAGCGGUAAACUGAUUGGGGAUUUUUGUGGCAAAGAGUCUCCGACCAAUAUGACGUCGGCAAAUAGUUUUUGGAUCAAGUUCCAAGUUGGCAAUCAAGGCGUUGCGAAGGGUUUCUUAGCUGAGUACUCGUACAACAUGUUCAGUGAAGUCAGUGGUAGAGGAGGUGUAAUAACGUCGCCCAUGUUCCCUCGCGACUACGCUCGGAAUGAGGUUCAUAGUUGGAGAAUCAUUGUAGAUGUGGGAUCUGUUAUUUCGAUGAAAUUCACUGUUUUCGAAAUAGAUGCUAAGUUCAUAGAUACUUGCGAAGGACAACUAGAGAUCUACGAUGGCUUCGACGAUACUGCUGAGCCCUUGAAGGGAGAACUCUGUGGCCUAACUCCGCCGGAUCCGUUCAAGUCAUCAUCUAAUGUGGUAUUCAUUCGUCUGGAUCAUUCCGACGCCAGUGGGCCAUCAAAAUUCUCGUUAAGUUGGGAGACAAUUGGAAAGCCAGAUCAACCAGAUACACAGACUAACAUGGAUGAUUAUUUCUGUGGUGGUCCUAAUGUAGUCUCACUUUCCGAAAAUGUUACAACCUUCAACAUCACAUCCCCCGGUUAUCCAUUUGGGUAUCGCGCUAACUUGAAUUGUACUUGGAUAAUCCAGUCGGCAACUCCAACAGAACAUGCUUUCCUUCAAUUAAGUUACGUGGACUUGGAAGAAACCGAUGCAUGUUUGACAGACUAUUUAGAAAUUUCUUCGUCCCCGGAUUUGUUCUCGUGGUCUAAACCGGAAAGGAUUUGUACGUUUGGAUAUCGAGUGAAAUCCAUGUUCCAUGGUAAACCAUUCCUGAAAGUAGAUUUUCGCACGGAUUACUUCACAAAUCGAACAGGCUUCACUGGAGUUGCAUCUCGACGAUGUGGCGGUGUCAUGACGGAGUCAAAUGGAGUCAUCGAAGUACUUCCAACUCGUUUCAAUGAAACAACUAGAAUGCUGGAUUCGUUCUGUAUGUGGAAUAUUACCGUGCGUCCAGGCCGGACAAUUGAAUUCCAGUUUGUGUUAAUGAAGCUUCAGAAAACGGAAUCUUGUGACGCUUCUGUAUCCAUCAAAAACGGAAUUGAUGAGUAUUCUCCUCUGUUGGGUUCAUAUUGCGGAAAUGAAAUACCCCCGAAGGUGAACACGUCUAGUAAUAGAGCAUUUGUUAAGUUCACCUCAGGGCAUAUAACGACCAACCAAUUUAAACUUGUUUAUCGCGAGGUUGGUAUAGACUGCGGUGGCAACAUAAUUCUGAGGAAAAAUAAUUCACCAUUAACGCUAACUACGCCAAAUUUCCCAGAAGUUCCGCAUCCUCAUAGCGAGUGUAUUUGGACAAUUAUGGCUCCGGCCGGAGAAACAAUCAAGUACGAGUUCAAACCGUUUAUGCUUAAGUUUUCACAUAACUGUGCCAGUGAAUUUGUUGAGGUGAGAGAUGGUGGCACUACUAGUUCCAAAGUGCUGAUAAAGGCUUGUUCACAAGAAUCCGCACCGUCUAGGUUGUCGACCUCCAACAUGCUGCGAGUGCGAUACUUCACUGAAAACUCUGACCCAGGGAACGGAUUCAAGUUGAAUGUAUCGAUAGCCAAAUGUGGAGGAUCUAUCCAUACUCCAAAGGGUACCAUUCAAUCAAAGAACUAUCCUAUACUUGGCGGAUAUCCUGCCAAAUCAGUUUGCGAAUAUUUUGUUUCUGGUGGUAUGAAUACAGUGCUGAAUUUAAGUUUUGUAGAUAUUAAUUUGCCAUCCGGAAUAAAUUGCUCAAGCGACAAUAUAAAAAUUUACAGUGUCAUACCUGGUGAGAACGUUACAGAAGUUUUGAUUGGAACGUUCUGCGGUUCGCAGAUUCCAACAUCAUUGUUUACCUUCGGCAAUCAUGCAAAACUCGUAUUCACCACUAAUUCACCGCAGAGUUCCUAUCGAGGCUUUAAAAUCGCCUUUGACUCGGUCGCAGAUCAAUGUGGCGGUGAGAUCAACGCGGCAUCUGGGGAUGUAACCAGUCCCGGAUAUCCCGAUGGAGGAUUGCGUUUUCAACGAUUCUGUGAGUGGAGAAUUACGGUACCGGAAGGACGGCGUAUCAAAGCGGAAUUUGUUGAUCUUGAUUUGUCUACAGUUAGCGCUAGUUACAUGCAGAGGGUUGGAUUUUACCAUGGAUUUGACUAUUCGGCACGGAUACGGUUUGUCACGGGCGGGACCUACAAUAAUCAACCAGUCUACUCGAGCAGUAACAAGAUGAUGAUCAACUUUUGGUCUCGAAUUUCGUCCGACAACAGAGGAUUCAAGUUACACUUUAGUAGCGAUGAACCAUCUAUAUGUGUUGGAAAUCUGGAUGGAAGCGAAGGGAUGAUUGCUACACCAAUUAAUAAGACAAGUUUCAUGUGCGAGUACAGGCGAUCUUCAGGAGUUUUUACAGUCGAAGCAAAUGGCAGAAAAGCCGGAACGAUGGCAUUGUACUUCAAUGAAAUGAAGGCCGGAUUAUACAACUCUGCAUGUUCGUUAAACACUAGAGGAGUAUUCGUUUUAAGGAACGCUGUAAUGGGAAGUCAAUCGUCAGCUUUAAAGAAGUAUUGCGGAAAUGGAACCAAUAGUGACAUAGUGCGAUCUCCCUUUCCGGAUAUGUAUAUUUUGGCUCGUCAAGGUUUAUUCUUGGGCGAUGUGCAAUUUAAGCUGCAAUACAAAAUUCAUCAAUGCGGUGGUAUGUUUGGAAAUGAAUUAAAAAAUAUCUCAAGUUCAAGCUUCAGCAGACAUGUUGGGCCAGUUGAUUGCGCGUGGAAUGUUGAUUAUCCAGAAAACACUCUGAUUAGCAUCGAGUUUGCCAGUUUAAAUUUGAAUGAUUCAUGCGAUAAUGAAUUCCUGUUAAUUUACAACGGUCCUAGCAUGAACAGUCCGCUAUUUGGUAAAUUUUGCAAAGGAACUGGCGUGGAAACUAUCAUCACACAGGGUCGUUAUGCGUUUAUUGAAUACCACUCGGAAAAUGGCAAAACGAGGGGCGACUUUGAACUGAAGCUCUCGGAUAUGACCUUCGGAUGCGGUGGAACAUUGCAUAAGAAUAUUGAUACUUUUGGUUUAUCUAAUGUUCAGGGCAGAUAUGCUCCCAAUAUGGAGUGCAUUUGGACAAUCAGAGCAGACACAGGUUAUCAUAUAGGAAUAAGUUUUAUCAAUCGAUUCAAUCUGGAGAAAAGCGACAACUGCUCCAAAGAUUACAUCGAAUUUUUCGACCGUAUUGACGAUAGUUGGACUAGUAUGGGUCGUGUUUGCGGAAAGGAUAUGCCAAAAGCGUUCAAUUCAACUGGUGCUUUGAUGAGAGUGAUAUUCAGAUCGGACUCCAGUGUGGAAGGUGAUGGUUUUACCAUCAAAUGGGAACAGAACUGCGGUGGAGUUUACACAGUCGAUCAGACAUCAAGGGUUAUGAUGAGUCCAAAUUAUCCAAUGAAUUAUGACCGUCUGGUGACGUGCAACUACACAUUCGUAGCUCACGAGUCAAGUGCGCUAGUCAACAUAAACUUUUUGGAUUUCGCACUGGAAGAUGGCCCGCAGACAUCGAUUUGUAUGUACGACAAUAUAACUAUGUAUAAGCCAGUGGAUUAUCAAGUACCAUUACAAUGGGAAAAGGAAGGAACGUAUUGCAAGCAGAACUCUCCAGGUCGGAUGAGAUUCAAGGGUAGAGUUGCUGUGGUCUUCAAGUCCGACCGUUGGUUGGAGUCUAGGGGAUUCAAAUUUGAGUACAAGCUGGAUAGCUGUGGUGGCUUAAUAACACAAUCGACGCGCAUCGAGAGCCCAGAAAGUACUACGAAAAUUAGUGGCUAUGGUAAUACUAUGCACUGUACAUGGAACAUAACAAUUCCGAACGGAAAAAAGGUGAUUGUGCGGUUUGAAGAUUUUGAACUUGAGCAUAGUGAUGGAUGUUAUUUCGAUACUAUUGAAGUUUACACAGGACUCGAGAAGAAACCCGAACAAAAACUGGCGUCACUAUGCGGAAACUUGACCUCCCACGCACCUGCAAUAAGUAUCAAAGGAAGUAACGGAAUUGUCUACUACAAAUCGGAGCAGUUUACAACAAGUAAUCAUCGUUUCUCGGCUGUCGUUCUAUAUGUGGAUGACUGCGAUCAUCAUAUUACUUUAGAUCCGAAUUCUAAGCCUUAUAACUUGAAUGUUCAAAAUGUCAACGAUCCCACAUUGCGUGAUUGUCAAUACACGUUCAAAGCUCCAGCAGGGUACAACUUGCAGCUGCUGUUCACCAAAUUUCUUUUGGGUUCCUCUCGGAAUGCUACGGACUGUUCUGGCAACUUCCUGGAGGCACGUGACGGAUUGGGCCCAUUCGCCGAACUAAUUGGAAAGUUCUGCGGUUAUGUGCUGCCAUCAGUGGCGACAACAUUUACUUCGUCUUUGUUUAUGCGCAUGGUGACCGAUUCGACUGGACAAGGAACCGGCUUCAAUGCUACUAUAUCGCUGGUGGAGUCUCGCUGUGGUGCAACCUACUACAAUGUGUCCGAUGGUCGAGUGGCGAUUCUAAAGAGUCCAAACUUCGGCAAUGGGAAUUACUUACCGAAUAUGAAAUGUUUAUGGCUUUUGGAGGUUCCAUUAGGGAAAACGAUCAACGUUGAAUUUAAAGAUUUUAAGCUGCAGAGCUAUGACGAUGAUCUGGAUAUGUGUCCCGAUAAGGUCGAAGUGUUCGAUGCAAAUUUGAAAUCAUUUAUUAGUGAAGGAUUAGGAGAAGACGUCAUAUUCCGUGGAAAAUCCUCACAUGCUUAUAAGUCAUCAUUUUAUCACGGUACCCGGAAUCCCAACUCUCAUCACAUAUACUGCGGCUCUGGCAGUAUCCCGUCAACUUAUCAUUCUCUCUCGAACAAGCUCUACGUUAAGUUCGAAAGUAACGAACGUAUCGAAGACAGCGGAUUCCAGUUAUCCGUGCAGGAGAACCAUUACUGUGCUCGGAACUUCACACGUCUGCAAGGCCGCAUCUCUAGUGAUUACGUCGUACGAAAGGAGCACUGUACGAUCACGAUUCAGGUCCCGGAGAACUACACCAUCGCGCUAUAUUUCGUUAUUACCUACACUCAUGUUGCGGAUUGCGAAAAGCAUGGUAUCCGCAUUUACGAUGGUAUAGGGACGGAAAAUCAGGUGGCUACAUUAUGCACCUAUGCUACGCCGAACCCGGUGUUCUCGGAAAGUAAUUCGUUGAGGAUAGAAUUUCCUGCAGUGACUGAGGUAUCGACUCUUAUCGAUGCUUCAUAUUUGGCUACGGAUCAAGGGCGCGGCUGUGGCGGAGAGAUGUUCAACUACGGAGGAGUAUUCAGCAGUCCAAUGUAUCCAAACAAUAACCGCACUCGGAAGGAUUGUCUGUUCACGAUUACGGUUCCCAACAACUUGCGCAUAGCACUGAAGUUUGAUGUUUUUGAAAUGGGCAGUACAACUACAUGUGGUACGGAUUAUGUUGAAUUCAUAGAAGUUAAGGGUGGUGAGAAAAGGGUAGCUCGUAAGCAUUGUGGAGCGGAUAAGCCGGCCACUUAUGUUAGUGAGAGUAGCAUAUUGCAGGUACUGCACAAGCAGACUCAGAACUUUGGCGGCACAGGGUGGUUAGCAAAAUACAUGGCAGUAGAAAAGGAUGCGGUAGUCAAUGAGUGGUAGAGAUUCCGUGCAAUUGAUCAUACAAAGAAAUAUAACAAACAGUAAUAAACUUGGAUAGAAAUUCAGAAACUUGCAUCAAUUUUUAUAACAUGAGAACCCAAAUGUUGUAAAACAUAACAGCAAUCCGAAAUUCCAUUAAAUUAAAUCAAAAAGAUAUAAAUAUUUUCAUGAUCAUUAUUAUAAAAGACUUACAUGAGAAAGCAAUUCUCUUUAGAACGCAUUGCACAUGGGU